CGGCGAUGUAGAAACCGGUGAGAUGCUCUUCGCACACCGGUUAACUAGAGAAACUGUCACUUAGGGAGCAAGAGAUGAUAAAUGAAACCAAAACUCUGUGAGCAUUGCACGAACAGCUGGAGUUACACCCCUUUCCAACUUUCAGGAUUACGUCCAUCAAGCUUCAUCAAGUGUAAGGUUUAUCCAAACGUUGCGCACACCUUUCAUACUGGAUCCGCAAAGGAGAUUAGACACCGCCCACAAUUUUCCACGGCUUCAUGUCUCCCAAUCAAACAGCGGGGACUGAAAUCCGCCUCCUCAUUGUGCCGCUGAUUAAGUGCAAACCCCCAACGACUGAGGUGCAACUAUGCAAAACAAAGUCAGUCGAAGCUCGACCGUGGUCAAUUCCAACCGCUGACGUUCUAGGUAACGGCAUCAUCGAUAUACCACGGUCAGCGCAAUACACGGACUGUUGCCGGGAAGUGGGCUGUCGCAAUACAUCCGACAAAAGUAAAACUUUGCAUCGGUUCAACACUCUGCCCCGAACCUCACAGGGCCACACGAACAGAGGGGUCUGGAACGAUUCUCUGUCCACCGAACAGCUGGCCACAAUGUACCGCCGUGAACCGCCUCCAUUGUUCACAACUCACCCCCAGGCAUCACUCACCGAGCACACCUUACCCACUAGUCACAAUAGUGGUGAUUGUUGCCUUUCGAAACAAAUUAACCUCAUGCGUGACCCAGUUCUGGUCAGACAUUGCAAUCAUUGGCCUCUAGGCGAUCAAAUCACUUGCGGUCAAAUUAGUGUCAGAGGGAGCACAGUUGAUAAAGGAGUUCGCCAGGAAGCAGUACACAGCUCCGAGACAACCGAUCAUAUGGCACAGACUGUCGAGAACCUGGUUGAUCAUCAGACUUCAGCGACCGCGGAGGUUUUGGAGACACGUCUGCAGCAGUUGUACGAACGAAGAAAGCGAAUGUUGUCACAACUGUCCGAUGAAGAGCGAAAGCUUCAUCGGUUAUUAUGUGAGGAAAUGGUACUCACGGGAAUUGGUCCCCAAUCGAAUACUCACCUGGCCAGAGGCAUCAACGCCGGAGCAGGUGACACCUUGUCGGAUGGAUCGGCGCACUCCACAAAGACCACAAGCGAUGCUGUCCGAUCCAGUUGCCUUAUCAGCAAACUCAAGUGGCGCAACUCGCGCCGGUCAAAAAGUGCCCACGAACGUGUCGAGGAUGGUAACACUGUUCAUCGGGCUUUAGAUACACAGGCGACCCAGCCACACUACUUUGUGCCAAAUUCUCUGACCUGUUGUGGCGGUGAUUGUAGCUGGGUACAAUCCGCUCCGCAGAAUGCGGUGAUUGGUAAUGCUUAUGCAGGCAUGGUGUCUACAGGCACCAUCAAAACAUCACACCAAAAAUCAGAUUUCGGAAACCGUUUGCACCAGCAACUACCUUUGAGUGGCACUCAGACAGCUACAGCGCGGUGGAAAGCGAUGCAGUGCGAAGCGACAACAAAUUUAUGCAACCCUUUGCGUAGCGAUUCGUACCAACCGCCAAUUCCAACGAAGGUCAGAGAAUGGACGCUACAGAAAGACGUAAACAAUGGCAGAAUUAUCGAUCUCCGAUUCGCUGACUUGCAUCGGUAUCAGGAAGAAAUACAACCAAACAUCUUGGCUCAGCUUCGAAUGGUAAAGGCAGAUACAGGACAGAAUGGCGCGAAAACAUCUAACAAAACAUACCACGUCACGAAUCAUAAUAGGCUGCUAUUUGAUGCUGCGCUUCAUUCAGUAAAACCUCGUGGAAUACUCAUAUCUCCCUCUCGGUCCAAUUUAGCAGGAACUGACGUAUCGCAGAAUGUGAAAACAAGCUCGAGCUCGGCACAGCACCUUCCCAAAACGCGGCUUGUCUACGAACCGUUUAUUCCGUGUGUGGGUUUACCCGCUCGAGCGAAGUACUCCCAAGAGCAACUUGCACCUGAGACAUGGCCUGCUCUGCAUCCGAGCCGGUCCUCAUUUCAGCCCAGCACACGAGAGACCACGCGUACCGGCGGAGGUAAAUUACGCACCCACGCAUGGCCUUCACGUUACGAUGGCGCCAUAUGGUAUCACGUCCCAUGCAGCCGACCGGAAAGGCGAUCACAGCAGACAGAUGGCCUCGUCAGCACGGAACAAUCGCGUUGGGUGACCAUACCUCAUCACCCACAUGGAACCAUCAUAUCCAACGGACAAUGUGCUCAGUCCCCCUUGAAGGGGUCUGCGGAUGUGAAUGGAUAUGGGGAUGACGCAAUGAAAUACUUUCGUGUCAGGCUGGACCAGCACAAACCGAUGUGAGCUCACUUUCUGUGAAACAGCGGGUGAAAUCAUCCACUUCAUAAAUUCAAAUAUCACUCACUGAUGGCAUCGGAAUCAAGUCAACCAUAUGAUGCCAAAAACCCACAGUUUCAUAUGGGAUUUUCCAAAUUUUAUGAGACCA